GAAUAUUUCUACUCCUUUCUAUCUCUCCCUCUGUUCUCCUUCGAAUUCUGAGUCAACUAUUUUCUUGCUUGACAAACAAAUUUUUUUUUUUUUGUAAAAUUAAAUAAAAUUCUGAAAACUCCAAAAAAAUUCUCCGAUUUCUCUGCCACCGUUUCCUUCCCCUCCGGCGACCAAGUUAAUAAUCUAGACACUCCAUGACCGUUCUACUUUACUCAGCUGAGCUUAGCAUUUUUUACUCAUUGUUGGGAAUGCCAAACUAAUCUAAGAAUGAUCUCACCUGUGUAAUAUCAUAAUAUGGUAUCAGUUUUGGACCUAAAAGGAAGAAUGGAAGCUUCAACUAGUAAAGGCCAUAUGGCUUUUGUACCAACGCCAAAAUGUAAUGCCAUGAGACCUGAAAGUAUGAGUGGUGGAAAAUUUGGCAUGGGAACUUUAUUAAACAAGAAAGAUAUGGGGAUUGACUUAAUAAACUCUACGAACGAUGAUGAGGAUGCUGAGAUUGACAUAAUCAAUGGCUCAAAUGAUGAUGAAGAUGUUGAGGUUGACAUAAUGAACUGUAGAAAUGAUGAAGACGUUGAAGUUGACAUUAUAAACUGUACAAAGGAUGAUGAGGAUGUUGAAGUUGACAUAAUAAAUUGUACCAAUGAUGCUCAGUGUGCAUUGGUUCCAUCUCACUCUGAUGAUGCUACUGCCUCUUCAAGCUCUUUUGGCGACAUAAACUUAGAUUUUGGGAAUCAUGAGUUUGAAAGUGACAACGAGGCUAUGUCAGAAUUACGUGGAGAUGGUGCACCAUUGCCAGGGUUGGAUGGAUCAGGUGACUUGUUUCUGCCCAGGAAGAAAAAAGUGACAUCUCAUUGGAGGAAGUUUGUGCAACCUAUUAUGUGGCGUUGUAAAUGGGUCGAAUUGCAGCUUAGGAAAUUCCAGUCCGUUGCUGUCAAAUAUGACAAAGAGCUUGAAAAUUAUAAGCAAACACAUCAUUUGAAGUAUGGUAACUUUGAGUUGGAAGGUCGUUGUGCAAAGUCAGUGCCUUUUUUUCAUGAUUCUCAUAGAGAGAAACCUAUGAAGAGAAAGAAAAGGAGAAGUCAUGAAGAGAUGGACACAGACGCAUUCAUGUCACAACAUAGCUUAUUCUCAUAUUUUGCUACUUGCAGAUCUCCUUCUCAUGGUCCUGCGAUGGACGAUGAUCAACCUAACCAAGCUCCAUCCACUGAUAAGAAUGUUGGUAAUGAGUUUAGAGUCCCAGAUGAAUUGUUAUCUCUUGAAUUCAGAGACGAUUAUUCAUUGGAACAAAUACUUUGGAAGAUCGAAGUUUCUCAGUCCCAAGUAUCUCAAAUGAAAGCCAGAAUCAACGCACUGAUGGCUGAAAAUGCGGGAAGGAUCUCAGUUAAUGAGGAGCUCAUAAUGCAACAAUCUAAUAAUACGUUCAUGGAACCCGAGUUUCCAACAAGAGUGGAUAAACCGUCUGUAGUUGCUGACUUUGCAUCACAACUGAUAAAAUUGAACACGGGUGAUGAUCUUGUCAAACCUGACGAUUUAGUGAGACCUGAAAAUGCAUCUUUUGGUCAUCAAGAGGGGUAUCAUCUUCAAGAUGCAAAUGAACCUAUGGAGCAGCCCCCUUUUGCUUCUAGAAAACGAAGCUCGGAUGGAAUCCUGAUAUACAAUCGUAGAGCUAAGAAGCCACAAACAGAUUCCGGGCCUGUAAAGAUUCAUCCAAUUGAGAACCUCCAAGUACGCAAAGAAGAAAAGAGCAACCAUAGCGCUUCAGUAUCAGUUUCUGAAGAUUCCAGUCAAAAUGAACAACCAGCGGUUAAAUUACGUUCAAUUUCCAAUUUAACUGCAUCUAAAAGCACAAAAAAGAGAGCGACUAGAGCCCGACGUAAGAGCAGUGCAAACCUAUGGACUCGAAGAAACCCAGGUUAGGCCUUGGUCAUUGGUAUCAUUUGUACAUUCCCCAACCAGCUUUCCUACAGUAUCACUUUUCUUGUGAAUGAAACAUACUCUCUUAUGAAUACCAUUUUCGGAGAUAUAUGUAUAGGCCUUUAAGUAGAAACAGUUUAACAAUGGUAUUGAUUGAUUUCAACCACUAUUGAUUGAUCUUUGUUCAACAUCUUAAUGCAAGAGGAAUUAAAUGUCA